AUGCAGGCGAACAUGGCCCAUUUCGGCAACUCCUCACACAUCAACGUCGAGGAGGGGAUUUCUUACGAGGACUUUGAGGCCUACUUCGAGAAUCGCCGGAAGCUCGGCGCCGAUGGCUUUGAUCUCUUGCGUGGACUGGGCAUUGAGGUGUCUUCCUGCUCGCGGAAUACGGAUCCACAGGAGGACGAGGUGGAGAACUACGAUUUCGACGACCACAACCACACCUUUGAGGCCAGAAAGGUCUUGGCACAAAUGGAUACGAACCAGCGGAACAGCCUUUGGUCCCGCACCCAUACUGCCAACACGCAGCUGGCCGAGGAGACCAAAGCGGAUCGCUGGUGGAAGUUUGAGAGCUCGGAAGAGGAAGAGGAAGAAGUGGUCGUGGAGCCCGUGCCCAUCAUCCCGAAGGAGAUUACCAAGCCAAGCAUUGUUGCUCACGAAGUGCCGAAGCCAAGCAGUUCGUUGACUACAGAGCCCACGGUAGAUUUGCCCAAGAACGUGCGUCUUUGCAAUCCGUUUAACUUUGCACGAGUCAACAUAAAGGCCUCGGACGCGCAGCAAAUCGACUCCAAGAUCGUCAUCUUUGACUUUCGCAAUUUGCUUAAUCAUCCGGAGCUUUCGGCAGACGUGCAAGAGAUCCUUCAAAGACUCGCCGUGCUGCUGAAUCUGAACGCCCUGCCACAUCGCGGGGUGGUCACAGCGAUUGACGAUGAUACCGACAUCAUCGAGGCUGAGGAGGCCAUUUUGGCCUGGAUCAGAGGCGGAGCCCCUAGGUCAGUCAAAAUGGAUCCUGGUGAGACCAUUGAAGAUGGUGAUGCUGACGUGGUGAAGGAACUGAAGGAAAACUAUGUCGUUGAUCAACGGGCGCUCUUGCACCUCAAGCUUGAGCCGGCCUCGAGCUUGCUGGGAUUUUCCAGGGGCUUUGAUGCAGACAGGGCUGAUCUCGAGGACAUUACAGCAUACAUCGAGAGGAAUCAGGAGCCACAUCUUACAGAAGGGAGUGGUCUUACUUGCGGGAUAAGAAACGGAAAGUCCAAUGCCUCUCCGGCAGUGCCGCCGAAGACUGCACUUCCCAAAGCUGGGACAAUCAAUUGCAAGUUCAGUCAUAAAGCUCCCGCGCCUAAGCCGAAAGCCAAAGCCGAAGAAGCCUCUACAGUGAUCUUUGCCGGUCCUACAUACUCUGCUGAGUGGGCCGCUGACACUGCAGCAGGCCGUCACUUAGGUGGUCCUCAGUCAGGUGAGCAGUUUCUUGGUGUUGAUUCCCACAACAUGGAUGUUGCAAAUCAUUUCAUGUUGGAUAGUUGCCCUCUAGUUCGCAGUACCGGCAUUGAUGUAGAGUCUGGGAAAGCCUUCUUAUGGUUGCCUGGAAGUCUACCGCUCUUCGUUUCGGAUACAUUUCGUCUGAAGAUUGAGUGUCCGGAAGACUGUCGUCACUAUGCAACUCGUGUUGAUGAGCAUGUUCCCAUUUUCACCAGCCAGGAUCCGGCAGGAGUUCCAAGUGCCGUCCAAAGCCUCGCGAGUUUAGAGCAAGACAGAACCAGAUCCCAGGGCAUCGUCCGCGUUAGAGUUAAAAGCACAGUCCAUGCUACCAUCUACCAUGCCCUGGAAAGGCGACAGGUUGGUGAUGGUGCUUUCUCCACAGAAAUCCUUCCCAAGUCAGCGGAGGCUGCCCCAUCCAACGGACAUGACGCCGGUGCCUCACUUGAAGUGUCGGGUUAUGUUCAUCGUGAUGAUGAUUAUGAGGGUAAGGAUCCCGAGAAACUUUGGAAGUUGAGGGAUCAAGCGAUGACGCUCGAGCAUAGGCGUGUUCGUAGGAAGCUCCGCGAUCCUGAUGAAGAGCCUGAUCCAUUUGAAGCUUCUGAGUUUGGAGAAGUCAUUGCUGUAGAUCACAUUCAUGCAUUUAGAUCGCCAGACGACUCCGAUGCUCUUGACAAGUCAUAUGUUGUGUUGUGCGUGAGAGAGAACUUUGGGAAUGACCGGUCCAGCCGCGCAGUUGUUCGUGCCUUGACGAAGUUCGUUGGAAGCCGUCCCUCGUUUCUGACGCUGCCGAAGAGUUCGAAGAAGCAGCUGCCGAGGACAUUCAUCGCCCCGGCUCGUGUUCUUCAAUGCCUGCUGCCGGAUGUCUUGAACAACGAGUACGUGAUGUAUGCCAUUGCGCACUCGAGCAAUGAAGACAUCUUCAAUUUCGAGGGCUGUCAGGCGCCGGGCUUUCCCUGUCUUUGUCGAGCGGAAGACCCCAUAUGCAAAGAGCACGAUGGAAAACUGAGACUUGAGUACCUUGUGCAGUUUCUUGUUGACCCUGCAGAUCCAUCCUCGCCCUCUAGUUAUGCCACUUCGACAGCACUGGCGCAAUUCAUGAAGGACCUUGCCACACGCUCUGACGAUGUACUUGCACGGACCUUGGUGGCCCGACCAGAACAAUACGACACACUACGUAAAACGAUUUGGAUUUCGGCGUUCAGGCUUCAUUACUGUUGGUUGGGCUUCUUUUGGGUUUUGGACCCGGCAGGCGAUCAUCAGCCUGGGCUGGAACCAGGCACGCUGCGCCAUGCUGCGCCCGGCCUCGUUGCCAAAUCCUCACCCUUCAGAGGAGAACUUCGUUCCUGCAAUCCCAAAGUCUAG